GGGUGGACUGAAUAAAUAACGAGUGAGAUGCGGCUGAGAGGAUGAGAUGAGUGAAGGAGCAGCAGAGGAAGUAGGAGGCACACACUUCAUAGUAGCUGCUCAUAAACUCUCUGCUGCUGCAGCUGUGCGUUGUAGAAGCGUCUAGACUCUGAAUCCCGAGCAGCAUCUCGACGCUCUCUCUCCUCACUCUUCACUUCUUGCUCCUGUUUGCGUGUAAGCCUUGUUGUCAGCGUGUUCCCCCGGCCACGCACCGCGAUCCAAGUUUGUCGCCUGCCUUUAACCGCACUUCUCUGCCGCAAACAGGUUGCCCACUAUCUCUGCGCGUGUCCUUCUGCUUCCAACUUGAUCGAUCAAGAUGAUGAUGAUCAUCGCUGAGUUCUUCGUGGUCAUUUUGAAAGUGCUCUGGGCUUUUGUCACCGCCGGGUCUAAAUGGGUAGUGCGGCCCAAGGAGAAGAGCGUGGCGGGACAGGUGUGCUUGAUCACCGGCGCCGGCAGCGGCCUCGGGCGGCUCUUCGCCAAGGAGUUCGCUCGGACACGCGCGAUACUCGUGUUGUGGGACAUAAACAGCCAAAGCAACGAGGAAACGGCGGAGAUGGUGCGACAGAUUUACCAUGAACUGGACGCUCCCAUCACAAAAGACGGACCCAUUGGAGGUGUGGAGGAAGUCCCUCCCUUUCAGCCGCAGGUCUACACCUAUGAGUGUGAUGUGGGGAAGCGGGAGAGUGUGUAUUCCACAGCCGAGAGGGUGCGUCGAGAGGUGGGAGAGGUAGACAUACUGAUCAACAACGCCGGUGUGGUGUCUGGUCAUCACCUCCUGGAGUGCCCCGAUGAGAUGAUCGAGCGUACCAUGGUGGUCAACUGCCACGCACACUUCUGGACCACCAAGGCAUUUCUCCCCAAGAUGCUGGAGCUGAAUCAUGGCCACAUUGUGACUGUUGCCAGCUCUCUGGGUUUAUUCAGCACAGCUGGAGUGGAGGAUUACUGUGCCAGCAAGUUUGGUGCCAUUGGGUUCCACGAGUCACUGAGCCAUGAGCUGAAGGCUUCGGAGAAGGAUGGCAUCAACAUGACUCUGGUGUGUCCUUACCUGGUCGAUACUGGAAUGUUCCGAGGCUGCAGGAUAAGGAAGGAGAUUGAGCCUUUCCUGCCUCCACUGAAGCCAGAGUUCUGCGUGAAACAGGCCAUGAGGGCAAUUCUCACCGACCAGCACAUGAUCUGUACGCCUCGCAUCGUCUAUAUGGUCAACUUCAUGAAAAGCAUCCUGCCCUUCGAGGCCAUCGUGUGCAUGUACCGGUUCCUCGGCGCUGACAAAUGCAUGUACCCGUUCCUCGCUCAAAGAAAGGAAGCCAUGAACAACAACGAGGCAAAGAACGGCAUCUAAGGAGGGAGGGGGGGGGCGCUGUUCCGCACACAACAAAUAUGGGCACACGAGACGUGCAGGAAACAAACCACUGAGAAUGAAAAUUGGGGGAAUAAAA